UCCCUGCCGGGUGUGUGUGCGGUGUUAGUUGUGUACAUCUGUAAUUUAGUUUAAUUUUAAUUGUAAACAAUGUCUUUUUUAUAUCAUUUAUUAGUGCAAAAUUAAUAAGCUCGUUUUUCCAUUACCACUGUUGUAGUUGAAGUGUUAUAAUUUACUUUCUACCUUGAUGUACGGUUCUCGUGCUUUGUCUUCGUGUGUGACAAUAUACUCAAAAUGGCGCAUCAACUGGCACCGUCUGUGAAUUGUUCACUAAACGACAUUGACCUCAGCGCUCUGAAGGACCCGGCUGGCAUAUUCGAACUUGUAGAAGUCGUCGGAAAUGGCACGUAUGGCCAAGUCUAUAAGGGUCGUCAUACAAAAACAGGACAAAUUGCGGCCAUCAAGGUUAUGGACGUCACCCAAGAUGAGGAAGAGGAGAUUAAACUGGAAAUUAAUGUACUUAAAAAGUACUCCACUCACCGUAACAUAGCUAAUUACUAUGGUGCUUUCAUAAAAAAGAGCCCUCCUGGGAAAGAUGACCAACUUUGGCUGGUUAUGGAGUAUUGUGGAGCCGGUUCUGUGACUGAUUUAGUUAAAUCAACUAAAGGACAAUCUUUGAAGGAGGAAUGGAUUUCGUAUAUAUGCAGAGAAAUUCUCCGAGGUCUUAGCCAUUUGCACUCUAACAAGGUCAUUCACCGUGACAUCAAAGGGCAGAAUGUCCUCCUCACAGACAAUGCUGAAGUCAAACUCGUGGACUUUGGAGUGUCAGCCCAACUUGACAGAACAAUUGGUAGGCGAAACACGUUCAUAGGAACACCUUACUGGAUGGCACCAGAAGUGAUUGCCUGUGACGAAAACCCCGAAGCCACAUAUGACAAUCGCUCUGAUCUGUGGUCACUCGGGAUCACUGCACUGGAAAUGGCUGAGAGCCAACCGCCAUUGUGCGAUCUUCAUCCUAUGAGAGCUCUUUUCUUAAUACCAAGAAAUCCUCCACCUCGUUUGAAGUCUAAGAAAUGGGCAAAAAAAUUCCAUAGCUUCAUUGAGACUGUUCUAGUUAAGGAUUAUCACCAAAGACCAUACACUGAACAACUUUUGAAACAUCCUUUUAUAAGGGAUCAGCCCACUGAAAGGCAGGUGAGAAUUCAAUUGAACGACCACAUCGAUAGAUGUAAGAAGAAAAAGCAGGACAACUCUGUACGAGAGGACUACAAAUAUUCGGGAUCUGAGGGAGAGGAUGAUGACAAUGCGGUGGCCGGUGAACCAUCGUCCAUUGUUCACAACGCUGCGGCUCAUCAGGCCGGUGACACCUUGAGACGUAACUUCCAGCAGAUUCAAGAAGGACGAGUCGCUGAAGCACAACCUCAACCGCCACCAAAACGCAACAGUAAGCGCGAGGAACGCGAGGAAAUACCUGAGCCUGGCCCACCAGCAAGGCCUUCCAUUCCGCAAAGACUGAUCGUUGUGCCAGACCCGCAGACCCAGCAGCCUAAUAGAUACAGGCCGCUGCCUCCGACGCCCAAGUCGUCGGGCUCCUCUAACAGCUCGGGCUCCAACAACGGCACGCCGCCCGCUCAGCCGCCGCCGCCGCAACGCGCCUCGCACCAGAUGUUCAAGCCCAUGCUCCCUCCGCGAAGGCCAGAGGAUCUGGACCGUCUGGCGGCUCAACUGAACGAGCUGGGUGUGGUGUCGGGCUCCGAGCCGCCCAACCGGCCCCCGCGCGCUCCUACCAAUGGCCAAGGGCCGCCGGUGGAGCGCAACCCGCCGGAGCCGACGUUCGAGGACUCCGACAGCGACAGCGACGCCGAGGAGAGCGGCGGCCGCGUCCGCAACGACGGCACGCUGCUAGCCAGCGACCCGCCCAAACCACUCCCGGAGUUUUGCUACAGGGGCGCGGGGGCGGGGCUCGAGGAGGGCGGAGCUCCGACGCGGCCGUUGCCGCCCACUCCCGACGACGCGGACCCCCACCCCGACCGCACGCUCGUCAAGCGGAGGGAGAAUCUGGAAAACGAAAACCGACAAUCGGACGUCGACGAAGCCGUUCUGCUAAAGGACUGGGACUUCGCCAGGUUCUUCCCGCCCAAGGGUGAUACCAAGGACGAGAAACGCGACUCGCCCAAAGACGCCGAUCUCAAGCGGGCGCAGCUGCAGCGCCAGUCGAGAAUCGAAUUGGAGGACGCCUGGCUGAAGUAUAAGGCCAUAGCCACGCCGCCGGCGCGACACAAGCAGCUCCAGAAACCGACAGAAAAAACCACGCAGGAGAAGUUCUCCGACAUUUUAAAGUACAAGAAAGAGCAGGAGUCGGAUACGAGCACGCCCAACCGAUUCUUCCGCGGGUUCCGGCGCGAGAACUCGGACUUCUUCCCACUGUCUAGCACGCGCCACUCCGCCAUCUACUUCCCCCGCCACGAGAGCCCGCUCGGCAGCAAGCAGAUGCGCUCAAGCGGCAUCUUCAACAACACGCGCAAGCAGACCGCCAAGCCGGGCGGCGAGCCCGUGCUCACCGACUUCAUCAAAAUGAAUGACAGCCUCAAGUUGUCGCGCAAGAAGGAAAUAAAGAUCCCGGAUAAGAGGAGCUCCGGCAGCCCGAUAGAGGCGCUGAAGAGCGUGGCGGCGCUCAUACGUCAGGAUAGCGAGAGCAGCCGCCAGAGCAGCGUCAACGGCGACUCGCCCGCGACUAGCAUCUGCUUCACCAGCGGCUCGUCCUUCGACCGCGACCCCGACGUCACGGCCGACUCACGUGACGUCCGCCGCUCCGCCGACCGCGACACGAGCGAAGUUCUCCGACCGCGCAGGGAGAAAACAGAGUCCGAUAUAGUCUUUAGAAGGAACUCGCACCAAAUUCGUCACGAUGAAUUAAUGUCGAGUGGGCAGGAAGCGGUAAACGCACCGGAUCAGGGUCGCUCCGGCGCCAACGAGGGUAGCGGGUCCCGCACCAGCUCCGUGCUACCCGACCUGCUCAGCCAGGCCGGCCAGCCCACCACGCCGCCCAGACACGACAAGUCCACCAGCGAGGAGUAUAGACAGGCGAUAGCCGGUGCCCCCCAUCACCACCCCUCCUCGGCGCAGUCCACGCCGUCCAAGUCCUUCGUGACCGCCGCCUCCCCGCACCCCCUCCAGCAGUCCCCGUCUGGCUCGUCUGUGGGCUCGCAGCAACAGUUCCUCCCGCUCCAACAGAAGCAGCGCUCGUUCCUGACGUUCGGCUUCGGCGCCGGGUCCGCGGGCACCGGCGGCUCCGGCAACGCGUCGCGACGCGAGAGCCACGUCAACGUCAACGUCACGCCCACCUCGCACGACCUCACCUCCGACACGCCCGAGAUCCGCAAGUACAAGAAGAGGUUCAACUCCGAGAUACUGUGCGCCGCCCUCUGGGGUGUUAAUCUGCUAAUUGGCACAGAGAAUGGUUUGAUGCUACUCGACCGCUCCGGCCAAGGCAAAGUGUAUCAAUUGAUCUCAAGACGCCGUUUCCAGCAAAUGGAAGUGUUAGAAGGACAAAAUAUUUUAGUGACAGUUUCCGGGAAGAAGAACCGCGUCCGCGUGUACUAUUUAAGUUGGCUGAAGUCAAAGAUUUUGCGUACUGAUGGCUUGAGUGAACAAGUAGAAAGAAGAAAUGGUUGGAUAAAUGUAGGAGAAUUACAAGGUGCUGUACAUUUCCGUAUAGUGAAGUACGAACGAAUCAAGUUUCUAGUGAUAGCUCUCAAAGACUCAAUCGAGAUUUAUGCUUGGGCCCCGAAACCCUAUCACAAAUUUAUGGCAUUUAAGAGUUUUGGAGACCUACAACACAGGCCCUUAUUAGUUGACUUAACAAUUGAAGAAGGUACAAGACUGAAAGUAAUAUAUGGUUCAGCUGAUGGUUUCCACGCUGUCGACCUUGACACAGCCAGUGUUUAUGAUAUCUAUAUACCAAAACAUACUCAAGGAGCUAUUGUCCCCCAUUGCAUUGUACCACUGCCCAAUUCAAAUGGAGUGCAACUUUUACUGUGUUACGACAACGAAGGUGUUUAUGUCAGUACUUACGGCCGCGUUAGCAAAAAUAUAGUUUUACAGUGGGGUGAAAUGCCGACUUCUGUUGCCUAUAUUGGUACUGGACAAAUUAUGGGCUGGGGCAAUAAAGCGAUUGAAAUACGAUCAGUAGAAAGUGGCCACCUUGAUGGAGUUUUUAUGCACAAGAAAGCACAACGCCUAAAGUUCUUAUGCGAACGCAACGACAAAGUAUUCUUUUCAUCUGCCAAGGGAGGAUCAUCGUGUCAAAUAUAUUUCAUGACUUUGAAUAAGCCGGGCAUGGCUAACUGGUAGUAGACUAAUGGAUCGAUUCAUAAGAAAAGUUCGAUUCUGUGAUUUAAGAUUAUUAUGGCCAAAUGGGCAAUCAAGCCAAAAGUGUAGUCAAGCAGCUAAAGUUGAAUGUGUUUUGGUCGUUUGGAAUUCAAAGACUUUGUGAUAAUGACAGAUUAUUAUGCUCAAAAGACAAUCCACAAAUUAUUCAGUUUCAAGAAUCUUUAUCUUUUACGACGUGACAUUUUGUACUGAAUAAAUGUAAUUUCAAUACAAGCUAUAAAAUAUAAUAUUAUAUAUAUAAGCAAUAACCUGUAGGAUAAAUGUUUUUUAUAUUGACAAUUAUGAGUAAGUUAUGCUGCUUAGGUUUUAUGUUGCAAUUGUUAAAAGUAUAAUUGAGAUCAAACUAUCAACCAUAUUAUGCCAUAUUAUAUUGUUUAUAAUUGUAAGUUAGGUGGAACAAGAUUAUUUUAUUUGGUAUAUUUUUUGUUUCAUAUUUUUAAUUAAAGUAUAAAUAAAUAUAAACGAGUACACAUAACAAUAGCAUUAAAUACAAUAAAAAGAUUGUGUCAGGAUAGCAUAUUGUAUUUUUUAAAUCAAUUUAGUCUAAAUUUACAUCAGAUAUAUACAACUAU